AUGCAGGCAAUCGCGUUAGGCGAUGACAUCAUCCCGCCGAUUAAGUCAACUACAGCUCGAUUACGUUCUGACGAAGAGUAUCCCUUAGAUGUCCGGAAAUUUGGAGCUGUCGGGGACGUCGCAUUCGAUUCCCACGACCGCCCAGUUCUUCUCAGCUUUGUGGUACGGUCCCAGGAAAGGAAUCGUGAAGCUCAACAUCAAUCGAAGCUCAACUUGGCAGGCUCUGAAGAAGGUGAUAACACCGAAACAUUGGCUGUUAAUAAAGAUCAAUACCAGUCUUGGCUACAGCUCAACCAAAUCAAUCAAAGCUACGUAAUCAACAUGUCAACAUUCAAGGACAGUCGACAGGGACACUACAAGAAGAAGUUCCGCCAACGAGUGUCCAUCAAUAUUGUAUUACGAAUCAGGAAGAUAAACGAAGUCAUGAUUUGUAUGGAAGCCAUGGCCACAUGUCUCGAUUUGUUACUCAAACGAACGGGAAAUUUGGCGAUCCCUGAACCUAUAAUCGGCAAAAUGUCCGUUAGCGUUGUAAAAGCGCUUCAUUACCUUAAGGAGAACCACAACGUAAUUCAUAGAGAUGUGAAACCCUCAAAUGUUCUUCUCGACUGGAAUGGAAUAGUGAAGUUAUGCGAUUUUGGAAUUAGUGGAUUCCUUAUUGAGAGCAGAGCCAGGUCCAAAUUAGCGGGGUGCCCACCAUACAUGGCCCCUGAAAGAGAGGAUACCCCGUACGAUAUACGAAGUGAUGUAUGGUCUUUUGGUAUAACGCUGGUGGAACUCGCAACUGGUCAUUUCCCAUACGAAGGCAGUGAUUUUCAAAUAAUCUCCUCGAUUCUUGAGCUUCCGAGUCCAUCCUUGAAGACAGCAGACGGCUUCACGGUGGAGUUUUGCGACUUGGUCGAUUUAUGUCUGAGAAGAAAAGUCGAAGAACGGCCCAGAUACGCCACUAUUCUUCGACACCUAUUCAUCGUUAAGAAUGAGAAAGCAGAUACGGACGUUUCGGAAUGGUUUAGUGAGAUUAUGAUGUGA